AUGAAUCGCACCCUCCUCCGCGCCGCCUCUCGCCACCUGUCGACCGGCGCGGCCAAGACUCCGGCGCGCAGCUUCGCAACCGCGUUCAACUGGGAAGACCCCCUCGCGGCGUCGGAGCUGUACACGGAGGAGGAAUUGGCCAUCCAGGACACGGCGAGACAGUACUGCCAGGAGCGUCUGCAGCCUCGCGUUCUCGAGGCCUACCGCAAUGAAAACUACGAUCGCCGGAUCCUCGAAGAGAUGGGCGAGCUGGGCCUACUGGGCGCCAGCAUCAACGGGUACGGAUGCGCGGGCGUGAGCACCGUCGCGUCGGGGCUGAUCACUAAGGAAGUCGAGCGGGUGGACUCGGGCUACCGGUCAGGGAUGUCGGUGCAGAGCUCGCUGGCGAUGACGGCGAUCCACGAGUUCGGCACGGAGGAGCUGAAGGAGCGGCUGCUGCCGGGGCUGGCGCAGGGCAAGCUGGCCGGGUGCUUUGGGCUGACGGAGCCCAACCACGGGUCGGACCCGGGGGCGAUGGAGACGGUGGCACGGGCGCACCCCAGCAAGCCGGGGGUGUAUCUUCUGUCCGGGGCGAAGACGUGGAUCACGAACUCGCCGAUCGCGGACGUGCUGGUGGUGUGGGCGAAGCUGGAGAGCACGGGCAAGAUCCGCGGGUUUGUGGUGGAGCGCGACCAGUGUCCGGCCGGCACACUGGAGACGCCGGCUAUCAAGAACAAAACGGCGCUGCGGGCGUCCAUCACGGGGAUGAUCCAGCUGGACGAGUGUCCUGUACCGGUCGAGAACAUGUUCCCCGACGUGGAGGGGCUGACGGGCCCGUUUACGUGUUUGAAUAGCGCGCGGCUGGGCAUUGCGUUUGGCGCGAUGGGCGCGCUGGAGGAUUGUCUGGCGCGGGCGCGAGAGUAUGCCCUCGAGCGCAAGCAGUUCAAGGGCAACCCGCUCGCCAAGUAUCAGCUGAUCCAGAAGAAGCUGGCGGAUGCGGCGACGGACGCCGCGUACGGCACGCUGGCGGCGACGCAGGUGGCGCGGUUGAAGGAUGCGGGCAAGAGUACGCCCGAGAUGAUCUCGAUGGUCAAGCGGCAGAAUUGUGACCGGGCGUUGGUGAACUCGCGGAUACUGCAGGAAGUGUUUGGGGGCAAUGCCACCAGCGACGAGUACCAUAUUGCGCGGCAUGCGGCGAACCUGUUUGUCGUGCAGACGUACGAGGGACAGAGUGACAUUCACGCGUUGAUUCUGGGCCGUGCGAUUACCGGGGUGCAGGCGUUUGUGUAG